CGAGCUGCUCUCGCGUUAACUCUGUAAUCGAGCUAAAUUACAAUCUUAGCUCAAACCGUUCAUUAGUUUUAAUGUUAAAAUAGUUUUGUGACCAUGAAACUGCUUAUUAUUUUUAUUCUGCCCGUGAUAUCUGCCCAGCGAUACCGUGGACCUAAUGAAGAGCCUUUUUUGCCGAUUUACCCCAUCUAUCCUUACAGUCCCAAGUUAAUGAAACGCGGAGCCGAAAGUCAUUUUUUGUCGCAACUUAAUCCAGAAGUUUUCGCACAAAAACACAGCCCACGUGAUUCCUAUGCUCUAAAUUAUUAUUCGACGAGUAAUAGUAAUAAUAAUCGUGAACAAAGUACAACGCAGGCAUAUUCAUUGGCAAACCCGCAAGCGUACACUACAAUGUCAACAUUACAUGUGCCGCAGAACGUAAAUUACAACAGUAACCCAUCGAAUUAUUAUAAUUAUCCACUGGCAGUUUUAGCUCAGCCCCAAUCAUACGCAACAGCGGCAAAUUAUCCAAAUUACCAGUCGAAUUAUCAGCAAGCUUACGUGUCAGCAAACUAUCCGCAACAAAGUUACUCUACGGGCAAAAACCAGGAGAAACAGCGAAACGAGUCAAAUUUCAAAGACGCGACGUUUGUCGACGGAUCCAAUUACAUAACGAUCAUAAAAGACUUGAAGGAUCUCGAGGGCCAGUCGACAGCGCAGAUUCCCAAUGCAGCGUACAGACUGAUAGGAUUCGAAGGAGUUCAACGUCCGCCACCUCCACCGUCUCAGCCAACUGCAGCAGCUUCCGGUUACAGAUACCAGCAACUGGACCAAAUGACGGCUCAAGCUCUAGGAAGACUUAUUGCCCAGCAGUCUGCAAUAUCCGCCACAGCCGCACCAACAUACACUCCAGUGACUCAAAAUCAGUACGAAACCGAGGGCUACAUGCCUCAAACGGUCCAGCAAAAUUCCCCGGUGAUCGCCAAAACUGGGCUGGCUUACGUGAUGAAUCCCAUGCCCAUCAACAUCGUGCCUCGACACAUCGCUCGUGGACAGGACAGCUACCAGGAUCUGAGGAAUCAGGUCACCAGACCGGCAGCUAAUCAAGUGACUCAAGUGUCCUUGGAACCCUCUCAGGGCGUAUAUAUUCCGCCGAUGAGGAUCAAAAGUCCCCGCUAUUCUGACUACUACACCCAAGCCAGUCCUGCGUACCCUUCUAAUGACCAAGCUCAGCAAAAUUCCGCUUACGUCUACCCCUCGUACGCGGGAUACGCAGGACUAACCAGUCCUGAAAUGAAUUAUAAACUGAUAGAUAAUAACAAUAAUUAUUACGCCACCAAAAGAAAUAUUAAAGUAUUGAAACCUUAGGUAUUGUUAUUUAAUUUUUGAUAUUUAUUUUUGUUACUGUUACUGUUAUUAUUAUUGUUAUUGUUAUUGUUUGUUUUUAUGACGUUUUGUGUAUUGAAAUAAAGUUAUAAAAAUAAUGAGAAUUCUGGUUGUUGAAUAUAUUA